AUGAAAGUCCAUCACUCCGUGCGAAUUCGGCUUCUCGCGCAGCGGGUGAGUUUCCCCGGCGUUAUUUCCCCCUCAAACUGCGGAAUGGCCCUUCACGCCAUGCGGCAAUUGGAGGCUCUCAACACACACAACCGGGAACUUCUCCAUCGCAUUGCGGAAGUGUACCCAAAUGCAGACAUUCGCUCUCGGGCUAAUAUAUUUCACUGCCUGGCAUGCUGCACACGUGAACAGCAAUCUGUUCAUGAGAGUCUCUCAGAGUCUUUACAACCAUUAUUUACAAAGAUGCAGGAGAGUUUAUUAGAUGAUGUGGAUAAUCUUUCUCCUACGGAGUCUAUUCUAGUUAUGGAGGGGAUAUUAAAGAUAUCUCCAUACCGUUCCGUUACACCGCAGUUGGCGGCACUUCUUUACAGCCGCGCGACGGCACUUGUGGAUGUUAUGAGUUCACCACUAGAACUCAUUGGUAUAGCCCGCAUUAUUGUAGAUGCAUUGCAGGAAUCACAACCAUUAAUCACAAAUAGCGAUAAUAAUAAUAAUAAUAAUAAUAAUAAUAAUAAUAAUAAUAAUAGUGGUAAUAAUGAACACAAUGAUUAUCGUCUACGUCUUGGAUGUUCUCAAGAACUUUGUAAAGUUGCUCAGACAAUUGAAUCCCGCUUGGAUACUUUUAGUAAACAGGAUCUACUUACACUAGUGGAUGCUAUUACACUUCGUACCCCAUCCAUUGUGAAAAAAUCAACCAAAGAAGAUAAUGAAGAGUCGAUGGAACGACAACGUUUAAGUGAAUUAACAUUUCGAGAUGUUCCGGAUGAAUGCCGUUCUUUACUAUUACGAGUGCUUGGUUCUGCAAAACAACUUGUGACGACACUUUCCCCAUCGCAGGUAAGUGCGUGGUUACUUCGAGUUGUUCACUUCCGUGUUCAACAUCAUCCACUUUUUAUGAGUCUACUUCAGCGAUUAGAUGCGGCGAAUAUGGAAGCCGCCUUAUCACUAUCACAACUUUCAAAGUGUAUUGAAUGCCUUGGGGCUUCCUUAUCGUGGUCUCAUGAAGAUGGAAGUAUGAGUCAAACAGAUUCUCAGUUUGUUGCUCAACUUACAGUGAAUCUAUUACAAACUUUGGUGUCUAAACUAGAAAAGAGUGAUACCUCUCACAAUGAUUGUUCUUUGUAUUUAAUUCCUUUAUUUGUUUCCCUAUCCGAUGAGGUCAUAGCAGGUAGAUUAAAUAUUUCAUAUGCAUUAAUGCAGCGUAUGUUUGACAUACCGUACAAACAAUUUGGUGUAUUAACACCAAGAGAACGUGCUGAUGUUGUUACUACUGUAUUCCUCUGGGGAUUUCUUAAAAAAUCACCUCGAUUACAUCAACAACAACAACAACAACAAGAGAAGCGUCGUCAGAUGGACAAGAGUUAUCAUAAUAAGGACGAUUCAUCUUUACUAGAGUCAUGGUGUAAUAUUAUAUUAGCACAUGUAGAGAGUUAUAAUAUUUUAGAUAUCUUGCAGAUCAUUAAUGAAAUAUCCGCAACUAUCUAUGCAGAGGCUGCAGGAGGUGGUGAUACAUAUGAUUUAUAUAUAGUUAGACCCAUGUUGAUACAAUUACAACGACAACUUCAGAGAAUGCAGGGUUCUUUUGAUAAUAUACCAUCAUCUUAUCUUGCCCGAUAUAUGACUUCCAUGUCUAAAUUAGGUGUAAGACGAAAGUCAGAUUAUUAUGAGAUUUUAAAUAUUCUUCAAAAACGUGAAUUAACAGAAUUUGAAAAUCUCCGUGUACUUGGGGUUGUGGCACGUCAUCAUUUACGUUCAAUGACAUUUCUUACACGAAUCAUUAAUGGAAUUCCACAACGUUCAUCUCUCUUACAUGCGAAACAAAAAUCUUUGCUACUUAAGUACCUUGGACAAGCAAGGGCUCAACGCCUUAUACGAGGUCCUGCUUAUUCUUAUUUACAAUUUGGUUCUUUUCUAACACCUGAAGAAGUGGAUGGACUUCCUUUGCUUAAUGCUGUUUUUGCUUUUGUUGGAUUUGUAGAGUUGCGUCAAUAUGAGAAUAAAACUCUUGAAUGCCUCUUACGUGGACCACUCUCUCAUCAUGCUGGUUUUUCUAAUAUUCUUUCUGCAACUACUUUGUGUGAAUUAGUUGCUGCACUUUGCCGUGUUGAUGCAAAUCUUGUCUCUGUAUUGACUAUCCAAACUGUUAUUGAGAUGAGUACUAAUCGACUGACAACCUCACGGAGUUUCUUUGUAGACAUGUCAGAAAUCUCUUUCUGGUUACCAUUGGUAAAGGAAUGGCCUCUUCUUAACUCUGAUAUGAUGAAGCAGAAUGAGAAGAAGAAGAAGAAAGAAACAACAGAUUAUACGGCGGCACUAUUGAAGUUUGAGUCAAUAGCUGGCGCAAUAGCUACGUCUCGCUUACUGGAUAUAGCAGGAAUGAAGGAUCUUCAGGUAAAUACCUUUCUCUAUAGUCAAAUGGCAAUAGGGUAUAGGUUAAACAUAUCGCUACCUGAGAGAACCCUGGAGCGAUUAUCUCGCCAUCUUGACACCAAGCAUCUUUCACAACUUCUUGGUAAUCCGAAACAGGUAGUUAGCGCAGUAGUCACUGCUUUGUAUAUUUCUUUUGUUAAUCCACGUGCUGCUACAGACAUUUUAGAGUUUGGAAUAAAAAAUUUUGGAUCACUGAGUGUGCAGGAGGCGUUGAUAGUUGGUGUGGAGGUUUCGAAGUUUCUGUAUGGGGAUACAGAGAAAACGGCAAAACAUACGCUGGAGGCCCUAAAGAAGCUUCAGACGUUAGCCGUGCAAAAUGUGAGAGACCCACGAAGGUCGAAAAAGUUGAGUACACAAGAGAUAGCGCUUGGUAUCCGCUACUCUAUCGCAGAGAGCAAUUGA